AUGGCUAAUAGUAAAACUACUCCUACGCAACAACGAAGAGAGGAGAGGCCACCACCACCAGGCCCGAAAAACUUUGCUGAAUGGUAUUUACUAUCGUACAACCAAGUAUCCACCAUGGGUUGGUGUUGGAUUCUAUUCAUUACAGUAGCCCACCUCUAUACCAAUGACGGUGACUAUACAGGUGUGUUUGACGUCGUGUGGCCUGCUUUGAGCUACGUACAAACGGCUGCUUUGUUUGAGGUACUUCAUUCAUUGUUGGGUUGGGUCAGAGCGCCUCUGAUGACAACAGCCAUGCAAGUAGCAUCUCGCUUGUUUCUGGUGUGGGCCGUGAACGAUGUCGUUUUCGAGAUUCAUACACAUUGGUCAUUUACAACGAUGGUUAUUGCAUGGUCAAUUGCAGAGUGUGUGCGCUAUAUCUUUUACGUCUUCCAUCUGAGUGGUGGUGAAGUGCCUAGCCUUAUUAUGUGGGCCAGAUACAACCUUUUCUUGGUCUUGUAUCCUGUGGGCGUAUUCUCGGAAAUGAUGAUGGUGUAUCAAGCGUUGCCUUAUGCCAAGGCCAUCCAUCCUCUGUAUUUCUAUGGAUUGAUUGCUGUAGUCCUCAUUUACAUUCCAGGAUUCCCUGUUUUGUUCUCGCACAUGCUAAAUCAACGUAAGCGCUAUAUGAGAGGUGAAUUGAAAAAUAAGAAGGACAGCUAG